GAAAACCCAUGAAUCCUUCUUUCGCCCUGAACCUCGCGGUUUCCAACAUGAUUUGUGUGCUCGUCUUUGGCCAUCGUUUCUCCACAGAGGACGAGACUUUUCAUCACCUGCUGGAAGUCAUUGAGAAGAUUUUCAAUGCCUCUGACAAUGUCGCGAGUAACCUGUACAAUAUUUUCCCCUGGAUUAUGCAGCAUGUUCCAGGACCUCAUCAGAAGAUAUUUUCCUCAUGUGACUUUGUUCGGUCAUUCAUAAGAGAGGAGAUCAAGAAGCACCAAGAAGCAGAGCAUCAAGAAAAAGACCAAGACUUCAUUUAUUUUUACCUGGCUGAAAUAGAGAAAACGAAAAACCAACCCAAGUCACCCUAUGAUGAAAAGAACAUGGUUCAGAGCAUCUUUGAUCUCUUCCUGGGGGGAACAGAGACAGGAGGCACCACUCUCUACUGGGGAUUGUUAUAUAUGGUGCUUUAUCCUGACAUUCAAGCCAAGGUUCAACAGGAGAUAGAUAUACUCAUAACACCGGGCCAGUCAAUCUGUUAUGAGGAUCGCAAGAAACUUCCAUACACAAAUGCUGUGGUGUACGAAAUCCAGCGCUUUAGCAACAUCGUUUCGAUUGGACUGCCCAGAUACUGCAUAAGAGACACAAAGAUCCAGAAGUUUCUCAUUAGAAAGGUAAUCGAUUUCCUGUCAUCUAGAACAGCGGUCGCCAACCG